UCAUCGAUAGGGUUCCAUAGCCGUUAGGAGUCAGGUGCUUAACCCAGCUGAGCGUGUGAUAGAGUAUACUUGCUGGCGAACGUCAAAAUGCUUUCAAACUGUACAAAAGGGGUUACAACAUGCCCUACACAAGGCAGGAGUAAUCCUUACAUCGCUGCUAAACCCGAAUCUCGAGGCGUGCGACAGCAGCGGCAUGUGCGGAUGGAUGCUACAAUUACUAGCGCGGCUGACACGCAGAAGCUAUAUGCAGAACUUGACACUGCAUGUAUCAAUUUGCGACGCGCCCCACCUUCAAUGCGGCUGACCUUCAGCGGGCCGGUGAAGGAGGCGUACGAGCAGCUGGCGGCUGCCGGGGUGGCGCGCAAGUGGGGCUGCGGGGUGUCGGAGGCGCUGCGGCGCCGCAACGUGAUGCUGGGGGAGCUGCGGCAGUUGGGCAUCAAGAAUCCCGACAAGAUCGCUGUUCCCUCCGUGCGCAACGACGCAGCCUUCCUGUUCUCCGUUGUAGGCUCCACCAGCCUGCUGGCGGUGGUGGCGGGUGCGGUGCUGCCGGGCGACUGGGGCUUCUUUGUGCCGUACCUGCUGGGCGGCGUGAACCUGGUGGUGCUGGCGGUGGGCUCCACCGCACCCGGGCUGCUGGCGGUGGCCAUCGACGCGUUCAGCCAGGUCUUCCCGGACUAUAAGGACCGCGUGCUGCGUCACGAGGCGGCACACUUCCUGGUCGGCUACCUGCUGGGGGUGCCGGUGGGCGGCUACAGCGUGCAGCUGGGGCGGGAGCACACCGAGUUCGCGGAGGCCAAGCUGCAGCAGCGCAUCAUUGAGCGCACACUGGCUGACGAGGAGAUCGACAGCCUGGCACUGGUGGCGGUGGCGGGUGUGGCGGCGGAGGCGCGGGAGUACGAGGAGGUCAUGGGGCAGACAGCUGACCUCACGGACCUGCAGCGCCUGCUGCUGCGCUCGAAAACCCGCCUCAGCAGUGCCGCACAGCAGAAUCUGACACGCUGGGCGGUGUGGGCAGCGGCGGGGCUGCUGCGGACCCAUGGGUCGGAGCACGCGGCGCUGGUGCAGGCCAUGCGCUCGGGCGCCAGCGUGGCGGAGUGCGUGCGGGCAAUAGAAGAGACGCGAGGGGAGGUGGCGUGAGGGUGGGAGAGGAGGAGGGGGGAGAGUUGGUAGUCAGGGGAGCGAAGUGGUAGUGCUUGGGUUGUUGUAGAAGGGAGCGGUGCUGGUGUUGGUCUAGCGCUUAGGGGCCUUUAAGAAAGGUAAAAGGGGUAGGUUUGAGGAGGAAGGGAAGAAUGAGAGAUGAGAACGCAGACGGAGUGAGUGAGAUCGGAUGCAUGCGAGGGAACAGCAUGGGACAGGAGGGCAGGGCGGUGUUGCAUGCGCAGGAGGGCUAAGAGGAACUGACCGUAUGGUAAGGCGUCAUCAUGGUUUGCAACAUGUGAGCCAGUCCGACCAGAAGGGCAGUCACGCAAUCUGCAAGCAUGUACAGCAGCCAGGAAGACGCAUCGGGCCGGAGAUGCCUUAGGGUUAGGAUUGGACUGGAUUGAUGGCUCCGUAGGGACCGCAUGAAGGCGACCCACGAAGGAAUGAGUCUAUACGGCAGGCGUACGGCAAAUGAAGGGAACUGGGUGGAGUGCGUGUCCAAAUGCGCUCGCAUGUCACACUGUAGGGAGAGCAC